AUGUCGACGGAACGUGAUGUGGCACUCACCAGCGAACCGUCCCCUUCGAAUGUUCAAGAGAAAGGUAACAGUGGGAAAUCGAAUAACCAAGAGUGGCGGAUAUAUGACGAUCCGGCACUGAUCAACUUUGGUGCGAAAAAGCAUUUGAAGGAAACGGAUGUGCCGGUCGAGGCCAAAUUGGCAACAGACAUCAGUUUCAGUGCUGCGAACAUCGAACCUGUUUCGAAUGAACUGGCCUUGGCAUUGAGUUCUCUUUUGGACGAAUACAGUGAUACCGCAGAGUACUCAGCAAGUCAAAGUUCAGUUUGA